AUGUGGACUUAUCAUGGGCUGGUAGUCCUACUUGCUACACUCACCUCAAUCACUGCGCAUCUUGGCAUCGCUACAUCACCCAGCUCCAGUGGCAACUUGCAUCGAAUUCGGAGGGAUAUCGGUUCGAAUGAGGUGAUAAGAGGUGUUAAUCUAGGUGGAUGGCUUUUGACCGAAGAAUGGAUCACGCCGUCGAUCUACACCAACGGUGCGGAAGACGAGUAUCACCUCUGUGCCGGUCUGGGUAAGAAGAAGUGUCUGAGCAGGUUGGAAGAUCAUUGGAAAUCAUUCUUCACUCGAGAUGAUUUCGAAGAAAUCAAAGCCGCAGGUCUAAAUUCCGUUCGUAUACCUAUAGGAUACUGGGCAGUGGAUGUAAGGGAUGAUGAGCCAUAUGUAUCUGGACAGUACCCAUACCUUAUCCAAGCUGUCAACUGGGCUUCCGAAUUAGGUCUAUCAGUCCUCUUAGAUCUACAUGGCGCACCAGGUUCUCAGAACGGUCAAGAUAACUCGGGCUUGAUCGGUCCAGUAUUGUUCCCUACGAAUACAUCAAAUAUAGAAAGAUCCAUUAACGUAUUGAAGAAUUUGACAGAGGAAUUCACGAAAGAGAUAUAUGGUAGCACGGUGAUAGGAAUUGAAUUGCUCAACGAACCCAGACUAUCAAAUAACUUUAGUAUGUCCCAAUUGAAGGAUUUUUAUUCGGAUGCUGCACAGGCUAUAAGUGAUGUUAAGGGAGAUAUGAACGUUAUCAUGCAUGAUGCAUUUUGGGGUCCACAAUAUUGGUCAAAUUACAAUCCACUUUCCAAUUCCACAUCAUCCAAGUCGAACAAUUCCAUCAUCGAUACUCACCAAUACUACGCCUUCGAACCACUGAAUAACCUCCCUCACGACGUCAUCUUAGAAAAAGUCUGUAACAUAUCAAAGAUAUUGAAAAAUCCAGAUUUGGGGAUGUUACCUGUGUUAGUGGGAGAAUGGAGUUUAGAAACUGGUCAUUCACCCAAUUCGAGUUCGUCGUCAAUACAGAAUAAAGAUGAUUCGAGGGAGAAGAGAACGUGGUUUAGGUUGUUCUUCGAAGCUCAGUUGGCAUCUUAUUCGCCUAGUUCGAUUGGAGAUCAACCUUCAAGAGGAUGGUAUUAUUGGACCUGGAAAACAGAUUACGAUAUAGAUACUUGGUCAUACAGACGUGGAGUUGCUCAAGGAUAUAUACCGAAGGAUGUCAGUAAUUCAAGUACGUUGGUAUUUCCAAUAUUGGAUAACGGUUGUGUCGAUUCGAGUUUCAAUUAUACUGCCCCCAAGAAUCCUGGAUCAGAUGCGAUACGGCAUUGCCCCAACGGAUUAUUGGCUGUAUCGAUGGUGAUAGUGACGAUUUCGUGCUCUUGUAUUUUGUAG